AUGCAGAAAACGUGUUUCGCGUUUAUUGCAGAUCUUACUAUGUACGAGGAAUUUGUCGUUAUUGGAAGUCGGCAUGGUCUGAGGUGUAAUUUUGACCACGGUCUUUGUGACUGGUUGCAAAUCAACAGAGAUCAAUUUGACUGGCGGCAAAACUUCGGGAGAUCUCCAGAGAAAACUUCCGGUCCUCUGUCCGAUCACACCGGAAAUGGCAGUUAUGUUUAUGUGUCAGGGUCAGACAGCCAAGGUCCGGCAUCAGUUGCCAUUCUGUCGAGUCCAGCUCUCUACCUAGCAUCGCCCAUCUCUUUCUCUUUUUGGUAUCACAUGAAUGGUGUUGGUAUCGGCAACUUAUCUCUUAUCGCUACCGACAAGUUCGGUAACCGGAAAACCCUCUGGAGUAGACAUGGUCGUCAGGGCCCGGAUUGGUUACGAGCGACACUCAGGCUGGACUCAUCAGCUGAAAAAGUUGAAUUUGUCGCCAGUGCGAAGUACCAUUAUAAUGCCAUUACUGCUAUUGAUGACGUCACAGUGAAUAUUGAACCCAUUGAGGUGACACCAGCAGCAGCAGCGCAUACAACCAGCGGACCACAACAAAACGUUAGCGCUUUUGCUUCAUCGACAACAACGAUAUACAUCUUGGUCAAUCCAAGUGAAUUUCCGGACUGUAGUUUUGACCAGUCUAUGUGCAUGUGGAAGCAAUCUACCUCAGAUGAACUUGAUUGGCACAGAGUUCCUGGGUCAUCACCCGAUCAUACUUCAGGGCCAACCGAAGACCACACUUCCGGAAGUGGUCAUUACCUCCUGCUGAUGGGUCACGAGACUCGUAAUUCAACUUGGGCUGCACAUCUCUUUAGCCCGCUGAUGUCUGUGUAUGAUGUAACAAAAAUGACAUUUUGGUUUCAUAUGAACGGUGUUGGCAUUGGGCAUCUGCGCAUUAUAGAACGGAUGACGGACGCGAUGGAAUCUGUGAUAUGGACAAGGAACGGAAGACAAAAUCAUGAUUGGUUAAAAGCGGAAGUCACUCUCAUUCCAGGAAGAUAUCAGCUGAUAUUUGAAGCUUCUGCUAGACUUCAUUACGGCAGCGAUUUGGCGGUAGAUGAUAUCACAUUUGAUCCCCACCCUGGCUACUAAUGGUACAGCACAAUGGCAGUAGAACGUCAAACGGUUUGGACUACCGCUACAUGUCAUUCCAAAUUAUUUUC